UUGAAAAAUGACUUCGGACACCAACUGGCUAUUCGUGUUGAAGCGUGUUAACAUGCCAGGUGAACACACAUUGGAUAAAGUUGACCAUGCAUAUACAUGUGGCAGAGCCAAAACUAGUCAGAUAAUGUGUAUUAGCUUGGAAGUGUCCAGACACCAUUGUAUCUUUUUCCGCAAAAAGAAUGAAGUGUAUGUAACAGAUUUAAAGAGCUCAAAUGGUUUAUAUAUAAAUGGCAUUCGCCAAGAACCUUCGGAAAUGAUUAAAUUAUAUCCUAAUGAGAUUAUUGGUAUUGGUUGUUCAGAAUUAGUGAAUAUAGACGAGUCUAUGUUCGUUUUUAAAUUAACUGUCAUCCCGCAAUCACCAGAUAGUACAAACAUCCGCAACAGUAUUGAUCUUCCAGAUACUACAUUAAUCGUUGAAAAUUCAAAUAAUGAUAACUCUAAUGGAAUAAUUAAACGCAAAAGAGUACAGAAUUGUAAUGCAAUAAUUCUUCCUCCUAAAAUUCCAAGGUUGGCACAGACAAAUACUAUUCUGGAAAAUGUACCCAUAGAAGUCGAGAGUGAUAAAGAUGAAAAUAGUCUUGUUGAUAGCGAUGUUGAAAUACUCCAUACUUCGUUGAAUAAUAGUGCACUGAUUCAAACCAGUGAAAGUCUUAGUAAACCAACGAACAAAACGAGUAUAUCUAACUUAAGUAAAAACCAACGUCUGGACGCUACUGAAUCAAGUAACAACAAUCGAGAAACAAACCCUGAUCCACCACCAGUAGAUAAUAGGAAGAAAUUAGUUAAGUUACUUGCUUCACACACAAAACGCUUAUCUGUGCCGAGUGCGUACGAACGCGUACCGAGUGUUCUAAAUGGAAAUGAUAAGGAAGGAGAAAUUUAUAUUUUUGAUGAAGCUAGACAGAAAUCGGUUGCGCAGAUUCAGGAGCCCUCCAAAUAUAAUUUAGUGCAUAGUGACAAUGUAGAACGUCAGGUAAAAGUGAAUAAGAACUGCGAUUUAACAUCCGGUGCAAUAGAGGCGAAUAACAUGAAGAGUAUAAAACAUAAUGUAAAGAGUGUAAACAGAUGCAGUGGACAAAGUAAUGUAAGUGGGACCGAGAAACCCAAUGACGAAGAAACUGUCUCUGUUACUAAAGAUUAUGAUACAAUACAUUCACAACUGCCAUCGACCUUCGUACGUAACGAAGAAGUAUUUAUAAAACAAGAAAAUGAAUUGCAGUUAACGGACAAUGACAAAAAUAAAAUUUUGUCGCCGAUAAAGUUGAAGCAGGUUCAACCGGUAAUUAGAACAACAUUUUCCGAGAAUGAUGUAGUCAAUUUGAGCGACAGCGAGGACGAUAUUUUCCCGUGCUCUCAAUUGUUCGAUGUCGGAUAUGGUAUGGACGUAUCGAUAAAAAAUGAACUUGAGGAGGAGCCCACGGAAGCGGAAAACGAAAGGCUUACUGCCAGUAUGCACGAUGACUUAAAUUCAGUUAUUUCGCUAUCAGAUAGCGAGGAUGAAAAUAAUAACGCUUGGUUAAGAAGAUUGUCCCAAAGUCAAAAACUGGAGGAUGAAACUGAUGUAAGAAAGGUAGAUGAUAUAAAAACAGAAGUGACUGUUGUUGAGCCGGUUGUCAAAUCUUCAUCAGCUACCGCUAGGAACGAAGAGACAAAUGAAAAGGAAAUCACGCAUGAAAGAAAAACCGCAGGUCCAUUGAAAAUGGAGAGUGUUUUAAAUCAAGUAUUAUUGCCACUUCUUCGUCUCGAAAGAAUAGACAUUCCAGAUAAUCGCUCCUAUAAACUUACAGAGGAUAUUAAAAAACAUUCCGCAGAAACUGAUAAUUUACAAAAGAAAGAUGCGGAAGAAAAAAUAAUGAAUAAAACGGGAGUAAUAUCAUCGAAGAAGAAAGAACUGCUUAGAAAAAAAGUGUCGGAAAUCGAAGCCCCGCAUUUGCCACCUAAAAGAAGUCGGAACUGUAACAAAGUCAUAGAAGGUCUUGAAAGGUCCGAGAGAUAUUCCAAGCUUGCAUCGACUUCUAAGGAACAAAAGGAAGAGCAAAGAAGGUUGGAAAAAUUAGAAAGAAGAGAACAUGCAAAGGAAGAGAAGUAUCGUAAACAACGUCAUAAAUGGGCUGAUUGUUUGCCUCCUCAUCGAUUAGGUUCAACACAAAAACUCAAAUUUCUUUCAAGAGAAGAAAAAGAAGCAUUGUCGAAUGACAGAAAGGAAAAAUUGAAGAAAAUUGCAAUUAUGGAGAAGCGAUUAUCUUUAGAGGAGAAUCAAGAGAAAAAACGACCUGUUUCUAAACCUAAAGCUAAGAUGACUGCCAAAAGUAGAAAUGAUUUUCUUGUCGAAGAAACGAUCUCCGCAAUCAAACCGGAGGAUCUAUUAAAAUUAUCUAAACCCUUGUCCAGUGAGAUAUUACCGAAAGGUGUCCCGUCGAACGAUCAAAAUUCGAGCAAGUCAAUAAAAAAUCCAGAAGCCUCUACAGAAGCAUUGACCCAACUACAAAACAAACGAACACUUAAUAAUAUUUGUAAUUUAGGGAGAAUUCCAAAGAAAUCGAAUAUGAAUAUAGAGAACGAUGGAGCUGCACUAAAUGAAAAUAGACCUGAGAAAACGAUUGAACCGAAAGAUACCGGAUUAAAAGAUAAAUCGAGCGGUGAGUUAACGAAGGCUGACAGAAAAGAACGUUCAGUACCUCCGGGAACGAAUACGCAGCUACCAAUCAAGAAAUCAAAGAAACGAGUAACUUUUUCUGAGGUCCUUAAAACUGUACGAGAGUACGAGAUCGAUGAAACAAAUGUCCUAAAAAGGCUGGUAGGAAAAGAUGCGCCUAUGCCUCGAGAUAAGGUGGUGAAUACUCCUGUACACUCAAAUUCAUUGUACGACGAAUUCUUGUUACGUAUCUUCUUUUGGAGCCCUGUGUGGCUAGAGGAACAAAAACGUUUAAAGACUACUCCGCCAGUUAUUAACGUAGACAAAGAAUUAAACCAAAUGUUGACAAGCUAUAGAGCUUACGAGGAAUAUUAUCGGACCAUAACUCCGCUUCUGUUGAUAGAAAUUUGGUGUGGUAUCACGAAAGAGUAUCAAAGCGAGCAAAUUUGCAGGCGCACAUUCGUAUGCUCCAUAGUCGAGAACUCUGUAUCCAGGGUUACGCUCUCGCACAAUAUAUGCUUUACAUCGUUGAUGAUCGCGUUGCUGGUUUCGAAAGAAGAUAUGCGCUUGACGACUCAUCCUGUUUAUGGAGAUCUCGUUAUGAUCGAAUAUGCUUACAAUCACGAGAAAAAAGGACAAUCGUUUCACAGAGUGUUCGGGUUCGUCACCCAAGUUGAUUCGAGGCCAUUAACAAGUCAGACGCGGUUCAACAAAGCUUUGUUACAACACGAGAAAAAUGCUCAUGCGCUGAACACGUACACAGUACUGACGAGACCACUCACGAAUAAUAUUCUCGUUAAUCGAUUUAUACGAUUGAGAACCGUGAGUUACUUGCGUUCUACUUUACGAAUGGUCAAAGCUUUACAAUAUCUUCCCAAUUCGCCGUUAAUGAACCAGAUCCUAAGUCCGAAACUAGAUAUGUACAAAUUACCAGACGUUAUUAGCGCAGAGCCAUUGGUCACCGAAGAUAAAUUGAAUCAAAAGCAGAUGGAAGCCGUUGUCAAGAUAACUCAAGCUGUAGUUCAGAAGGAAAGCAAAUUAUGUCUUAUUCAUGGUCCACCGGGUACAGGAAAAUCCAGGGUAAUUGUAAAUAUAAUUAUGCAAAUAUUAUAUGGAAGCAAUAGAUAUACAACGAGCGUCGGAAACCCUUUUAAAAUACUAGUUUGCGCUCCAACGAAUGCCGCAAUUGAUGAGAUCGUUUUAAGAUUAUUAGAUAUUAGAUCUAACAUAAAGCAGAAGGGAAAGAUGAAACCAUUCAGAAUGGUUCGCAUCGGUCGUGCGGAAACGAUGCAUCCUUUAGUAAAAGAUAUUUCGGUUAGCACGUUGGCAGACCGAGAUUUAAGAAAAACAGCGACUACUUCGAACAAUGUUUCGCCGCAAAGCGUGCAGGACGAGAAAGCACUUUUAGAGUUGAAAAUAAAUACUAUUAAAUGCCAGCUGACCUCCAUUAGCAUAGACGAAACUUAUAAACGGAAUCUCAACAUGAAAUUAGAGGACAUAGUUGCGAGAUAUGAUUCACUGGUAAAGCCUAGAUUGCAUAUGUCCGCAGAAGAACACAGGAGAUUGCACCGAAGCGCGGAAAACAGGCUUCUUGAAUACGCGAAUAUAAUAACGUGCACGCUCACGUCCUGCUGUACUAAUCAAAUGGAAACGAUCUUCGGUACUAAUAAGAAUAAGAUAUCUGUGUGCAUCGUGGAUGAGGCGACUCAGAGUUCUGAGCCCGAAACUCUGAUUCCGUUAAUGCUGGGUGUUAACACAAUGAUUCUAGUCGGCGAUCCUGACCAAUUACCCGCUACCAUAAUAAGUCCGGAAGCGAAAAAAUUCGGAUUGGGUCGGUCCCUUUUCUCUCGCGUACAAAGUGCCUUCGACGUGUAUCCGGACAAUCCGGUAAUCAUGUUGAACACUCAGUAUCGUAUGCAGCCUGACAUUUGUUGUUGGCCAAACAAAUUCUUUUACGGCGGCAAACUGGUGAACGGAGUGGAAUGCGAUGACAAGUUUCCGUUUUAUUCGUAUCGCAUAUUGGAUUUGAAAACGAAUCAAAACAAUGACAAUUUCUCCAACGAUAAUGAAGCAGACUUUAUAGCUAACGUUAUUUAUAGCAUGCUAACGUCAACGAAUUUAGAGAAAUGGAAUUCGUGCAUAUCCUGUGGUAUAUUAACGCCAUACAAUAAUCAAAAAGUUGUUAUACAGACAAAAAUUAAGCAGAAAAUAUCUUCGUUGUCAGAAGUCAUUAAGAAGAAAAUAAAAAUUGAAAUAAACACUGUGGAUGGUUUUCAAGGCCAAGAACGAGAUAUAAUACUCAUGUCAUGUGUACGAAGUCAGAAGAUCGGCUUCUUAUCAGACAAGCAGAGGCUUUGCGUCGCCCUUACUAGAGCGAAACACUGUUUAAUAAUAUGUGGCAACUUCAAUGUCUUCAAGAGAGAUGACAUGUGGAGUUCGUUAUUAUCCAACGCGAAAUCACGGAAAAUGUAUUUUAAAGUUAAUGCGAAAGCAGAACCACCUGAAAUCCGAUCGUACAUCGUUAGACAUAUUCCAGAGCCUUAUGAUAGCAGAACAGGGACUGGAAAUAUCGGAUAGACAGGGAUAGCAAAUGCAACGACUCCAUGACGAGACGGCUGAAAAGGAUUUUUAGUUCGGUUUCGGACAGAGCAAUGCAGGAGAGACAAGGGUGACGCAAAGCCUCUUGACUCGAAGUUUCUCAGUUCCUCUGUACAUAC